AUGCCAGCCGACGUCAAUGAUAACGAUAUCAAAACUGAUGCCAUCUUAGCUCCUUCAAGUCAGCCAACAGAGAUGUCUCUGAUGAGAUUUAAGAUCCAGAUGUUCCAGCUGUCGACCAAGAUUUGCCGUCAUCUAGCAAGUCACUCGAAAGAAGACGAAGCUACACUCAGUAUAUUUGACAGUCAGGUUGCAGGGGAGCAAAGGCAAUGGGAUGCUGUAUAUCUUUUGGAUGGAUCUCCAAAUCUCCUAGAUUCAUCAAGCUACGCACAUUGGUGCAUUUUACAACUCUACGCCCAUCAGCUAUAUUUGCUUCUCCAUCGCCCUUUCUGCAAACCAUGCAGCUCACACUUUCGCUCGGCUUCCAGAGUAAAGUGUAUCGUCUCUGGUAGAGCUCUGCUUGAUGUCCACCGUCAGUUCUGUGAACUGCCACGUUUACGGCACUAUCGAUGGCUAGUAUCGGGAUUGACAAGCUUUUAUGCCAUUCACGGAGCCAUGGCAUUAGCAUCUUGUCUCCUAGACGAGCCAGAGGACGUUGACCUUUCCCGCUAUCGUGUCGAUUUUGACUCUGCGGUUCAUCGCAUCGAUAAACUCCGGGGUGAAAGCCCAGUUUGUGCUCAAGCAUAUCCUAUUCUCAACCAUCUCCAGUGA